AUAAAGAAUAAAAUGAAGCUCAAGUGAAAGUUUUUGAUGACAGAUUUAGAAUGGGCGAUUGGUUUAAAUCGCUUCAUGUUGAAAAUCAUCGGUUUAUGGCCGCCGGACAAUCGAGACCCUCGUGAGGCCAUAAAAUCUAGAUUUCGAUUAUUAUACAACUUAAUCACUCUUCUUUUCGUACUAGCAAUACCAUCUCUCGCUUCAUUAAUAAGAGUAUGGGGUAAUAUGAUACUAAUGAUUGAUAAUUUAAUAUACAGUCUACCUAUAUCGAUUGCUGUAUUCAAAGUCUGCAUUUUUUGGUACAAACAAGAAGCUUUAGCGCCUCUAAUUGACAUGAUCGUGAGAGACUGGAUAAAACCAAAAUUGAAAGAAGAGCGGGACGUCAUGCUGAGACUUGCAAAAAUAAGUCGGAUGAUCGCCAUGUGUGGAUGUCUCAUAGUUAUUGUUCCAAUGGUACUUAGUGUGAUUUGUUCAUUAUUUGGAAUAACGAAUAGACACUUGACUAAUCUGACCGACCCUGGUAAACCCUUGGCGAUACAAUCGUACUACUUGCACGACGUUUCGAAGAGCCCACAGUUCGAGUUGACGUUACUGGCGCAAGAAAUCACUCUGAUCACAACGGGUAUUUCUUAUUACUCGAUCGACCACUUUUUGGGCCUUCUGGUCCUGCACGUAUGCGGUCAAAUGGAGAACCUGCAUUUGCGAUUGACAAAUGUAAGAAAAUGUACGGACUUUGAUGUAACUUUAAAAUACAAUGUCCAAGAUCACGUCCGCUUGAUCAGAUCCGUCGAAAUUAUUGAUGAUUCGUUCUAUAUAAUGAUGCUGAUUCUAGUGCUAUAUUUUGGUAUAAUAUUCUGUCUACAAGGGUUUCUUAUAAUUAACGUUCUUAAUGACGACGGCCAAUUGUCAUUUAUGCAGUUAGUUUGGUUCAUCGCACUGACAACAUGCGUUUUGGUGCACAUGUGCCUUUAUUGUGCCGUUGGUGAAUCUCUCGUGACGCAAUGUAAAAAAAUUCAUCGCGCCACAUAUGAAUAUGCGUGGUACAACAUAAAUCCAAAAGCAGCAAGAAACUUAAUACUAAUCAUGCUGCGUGCAAGUAAACCAAUUCAUAUCACGGCUGGAAAAAUAUUUCCCAUGACGAUGGCAACAUUUUGCAACUUAUUGAAAACAUCAGCAAGUUAUAUAUCCGUCUUAUUUGCCAAUCAAAAUUGACAGCAAUGUUAUAAAAUAUUUUUGGAAGAGCUAUCAAGGCUUAAAAAGACACUGCAAAUGUUUUAAUAAUUUCCAACAAAUCGAUAAAUUAGUCUUAAGACAAUUUUAUAUAAAUAUAUUUCAAGAUAUUCUAGCCAGAUAUCUACCAAAUUUUCUUAAUUAUAUUCAUUGCGUAAACACACUAAACUGCUUAUUUAUUUAUA